UAAUGUCUCUCUCUCCACGCACAAAAGGUCUAAAAGCCACACCACACACAUCAGUCACCAGACGUAGCAGAGAGCCUCACUGUUGCAGAGAGCACUCAGUACUGUUCUGUUUCUCUGAUACCUCUCUCUCUCCUCUCUCUUUUAACAUUGUCCAAAUUAAAAAUCUAAACUUUUUUUCUAGUUUUUUUUUUUUCUUUAAUAGAAAAGUUUUUUUUCUCCACGGCUUAAAGACUCACUCAUCACUGUGCUACUACUCUCUCUUCUUUUGGCUGAGAGGGUAAAAGUCAUGAAGAAACUCCUCUGAGUUUUUUUUCUUUCUUUCUUAUAAUAAAGCUCUUAUCUUUAUCUCUGUUUCUCUCUCUUUAAUGGGUGGUUUAAUCGAUCUGAACGUGAUGGAGACGGAGGAAGACGAAACGCAAACGCAAACACCGUCUUCAGCUUCUGGGUCUGUCUCUCCUACUUCGUCUUCUUCAGCUUCUGUGUCUGUGGUGUCUUCGAAUUCUGCUGGUGGAGGGGUUUGUUUGGAGCUGUGGCAUGCUUGUGCUGGACCCCUUAUCUCUCUACCAAAAAGAGGAAGCCUUGUGUUGUAUUUCCCUCAGGGACAUUUGGAACAAGCCCCCGAUUUCUCCGCCGCGAUUUACGGGCUCCCUCCUCACGUGUUCUGUCGUAUUCUCGAUGUUAAGCUUCACGCAGAGACGACUACAGAUGAAGUUUAUGCUCAAGUCUCUCUUCUUCCUGAGUCAGAGGACAUUGAGAGGAAGGUGCGUGAAGGAAUUAUAGAUGUUGAUGGUGGAGAGGAAGAUUAUGAAGUGCUUAAGAGGUCUAAUACUCCUCACAUGUUUUGCAAAACCCUUACUGCUUCUGAUACAAGCACCCAUGGUGGUUUCUCUGUUCCUCGCCGAGCUGCUGAGGAUUGCUUCCCUCCUCUGGACUAUAGCCAGCCCCGGCCUUCUCAGGAGCUUCUUGCUAGGGAUCUUCAUGGCCUGGAGUGGCGAUUUCGCCACAUUUAUCGAGGGCAACCUAGGAGGCAUUUGCUCACUACCGGGUGGAGUGCGUUUGUGAACAAGAAGAAGCUUGUCUCUGGUGAUGCUGUGCUUUUCCUUAGAGGAGAUGAUGGCAAACUGCGACUGGGAGUUAGAAGAGCUUCUCAAAUCGAAGGCACCGCUGCUCUCUCGGCUCAAUAUAAUCAGAAUAUGAACCACAACAAUUUCUCUGAAGUAGCUCAUGCCAUAUCGACCCAUAGCGUUUUCAGCAUUUCCUACAACCCCAAGGCAAGCUGGUCAAACUUCAUAAUCCCUGCACCAAAGUUCUUGAAGGUUGUUGACUAUCCCUUUUGCAUUGGGAUGAGAUUUAAAGCGAGGGUUGAAUCUGAAGAUGCAUCUGAGAGAAGAUCCCCUGGGAUUAUAAGUGGUAUCAGCGACUUGGAUCCAAUCAGGUGGCCUGGUUCAAAAUGGAGAUGCCUUUUGGUAAGGUGGGACGACAUUGUGGCAAAUGGGCAUCAACAGCGUGUCUCGCCAUGGGAGAUCGAACCAUCUGGUUCCAUCUCCAAUUCAGGCAGCUUCGUAACAACUGGUCCCAAGAGAAGCAGGAUUGGCUUUUCCUCAGGAAAGCCUGAUAUCCCUGUCUCUGAGGGGAUUCGCGCCACAGACUUUGAGGAAUCAUUGAGAUUCCAGAGGGUCUUGCAAGGUCAAGAAAUUUUUCCGGGUUUUAUCAACACUUGUUCGGAUGGUGGAGCCGGUGCCAGGAGAGGCCGCUUCAAAGGAACAGAAUUUGGUGACUCUUAUGGUUUCCAUAAGGUCUUGCAAGGUCAAGAAACAGUUCCCGCCUACUCAAUAACCGAUCAUCGGCAGCAGCACGGGUUGAGCCAGAGGAACAUUUGGUGUGGGCCGUUCCAGAACUUUAGUACACGUAUCCUCCCCCCAUCUGUAUCAUCAUCACCCUCUUCCGUCUUGCUUACCAACUCGAACAGUCCUAACGGACGUCUGGAAGACCAUCACGGAGGUUCAGGCAGAUGCAGGCUGUUUGGUUUCCCAUUAACCGACGAAACCACAGCAGUUGCAUCUGCGACGGCUGUCCCCUGCGUUGAAGGGAAUUCCAUGAAAGGUGCGUCAGCUGUUCAAAGCAAUCAUCAUCAUUCGCAAGGAAGGGACAUCUAUGCAAUGAGAGACAUGUUGCUAGACAUUGCUCUCUAGAAGGGUUCUUUGGUUUCUGUGUUUUAUUUGCUUGUGGCUUAAGUAAAGUUCUUAUUUUAGUUGAUGAUGACUUGCUGCUAACUUUUGGAAUGUCACAAGUUGUGACUUAUGAGAGACUUGUAAACUUGGUUCAAGAAUGUUCUGUGUUAGGUUCAAUUUAAAAAGUGUUUGCAUCAAUUCCGGUUAUUUGUGUUUGUACCAACCGGUUCAAUUCGUAAUUCUAAUUUAACCGGAAGGA